GACGUGUAGAAGGGUGCCCGGGACGAAACCAUGGCCCAGGAGGCGGCGGGAUGGCUGCCGGAGGAAACGCUGUCACUGUGGAAACGGGAGCAAGCUCGGCUGAAGGCCCGCGUCGUAGACAGGGACACCGAGGCGUGGCAGCGAGACCCCGCCUUCUCGGGUCUGCGGAGGGUCGGGGGCGUUGACGUGUCCUUCGUGAAAGGGGACAGUGUCCGCGCUUGUGCCUCCCUGGUGGUGCUCAGCUACCCUGAGCUCGAGGUGGUGUACGAGGAGAGCCGCAUGGUCAGCCUCACAGCCCCCUACGUGUCGGGCUUCCUGGCCUUCCGAGAGGUGCCCUUCUUGCUGGAGCUGGUGCAGCAGCUGCGGGAGAAGGAGCCGGGCCUCAUGCCCCAGGUCCUUCUUGUGGAUGGAAACGGGGUGCUCCACCACCGAGGUUUUGGGGUGGCCUGCCACCUUGGCGUCCUUACAGACCUGCCUUGCGUUGGGGUGGCCAAGAAACUUCUGCAGGUGGAUGGGCUGGAGAACAACGCCCUGCACAAGGAGAAGAUCCGACUCCUGCAGACUCGAGGAGACUCGUUCCCUCUGUUGGGAGACUCUGGGACUGUCCUGGGAAUGGCCCUGAGGAGCCACGACCACAGCACCAGGCCCCUCUACGUCUCCGUGGGCCACAAGAUGAGCCUGGAGGCAGCUGUGCGCCUGACUUGCUGCUGCUGCAAGUUCCGGAUCCCAGAGCCCGUGCGCCAGGCUGACAUCUGCUCCCGAGAGCACAUCCGCAAGUCGCUGGGACUCCCCAGGCCACCCACACCGAGGCCUGCUGUGGGCGCUGUGCGGACAUGGAAUCACUGUGUCUCUGGAGACAGACCUGCUGUGAGCGCUGUGCAGGAGUGGAAUCACCGUGUGUUUCAGGACAGACCUGCUGUGGGCGCUGUGCGGACGUGGAAUCACCGUGUGUCUCAGGACAGACCUGCUGUGGGCGCUGUGCGGACGUGGAAUCACCGUGUGUCUCAGGAGACAGGCCUGCUGUGGGCGCCGUGCGGACAUGGAAUCACUGUGUCUCUGGAGACAGACCUGCUGUGGGCGCCGUGCGGACAUGGAAUCACUGUGUCUCUGGAGACAGACCUGCUGUGGGCGCUGUGCGGACGUGGAAUCACCGUGUGUCUCAGGACAGGCCUGCUGUGGGCGCCGUGCGGACAUGGAAUCACUGUGUCUCUGGAGACAGACCUGCUAUGGGCGCUGUGCGGACGUGGAAUCACCGUGUGUCUCAGGACAGGCCUGCUAUGGGCGCCGUGCGGACGUGGAAUCACCGUGUGUCUCUGGAGACAGACCUGCUAUGGGCGCUGUGCGGACGUGGAAUCACCGUGUGUCUCAGGACAGGCCUGCUGUGGGCGCCGUGCGGACAUGGAAUCACCGUGUGUCUCAGGACAGGCCUGCUGUGGGCGCCGUGCGGACAUGGAAUCACUGUGUCUCUGGAGACAGACCUGCUAUGGGCGCCGUGCGGACAUGGAAUCACUGUGUCUCUGGAGACAGACCUGCUAUGGGCGCCGUGCGGACAUGGAAUCACUGUGUCUCUGGAGACAGACCUGCUAUGGGCACUGUGCGGACGUGGAAUCACCGUGUAGUCUUUUCUGUCUGGCUUCCUUCUCUUGGCAUAAUGUUUUCAAGAUGCUCCUGCAUCGUGCCAGGUGUCAGAACCUCCUUCUUCUUUAUGGCUGAGUCAUAUUCCAUCAUAUGGAUCAGGAUAAACAUUUUGUUGAUCUUGGUAGAUAUUUGGGUUUUUUUCUAUCCAGAGCUGUUGUGAAUAAUGCUUCAGGGAAGACUGAUGUACAAGCUUUUGUGUAAACAUGUAUUCAGCUGCCUUGGGCAUAUACUUAGGAGUAGAAUUUCUGGGUCAUGUGGUAACCCUGUGUUUAACUUUCUGAGAAACUGCCAGACUUUUCCAUAGCAGCUCCAUCAGUUCACAUUCCCACCAGGAAUGCCCAAGGGUUCCAGGUUCUCCACACCCUUGCCACCACUUGUUAUUAUCUGCCACUUAGAUUCUAGCCAUUCCAUGGAGUAGAAGCUGGCAUUUCGGCUGGGUACAGUGGUUCAUGCCUGUAAUCCCAGCACUUUGGAAGGCUGUGGCAGGAGGAUCACUUAAGCCCAGGAGUUUGAGGUUUGAGACCAGGCUG